AUGCUAGCAGCUAUUCUGUCUGUUCGCAGUGACGGAGGGGGGAAGGUGUCAGAGCCAUGGGGCAAUGAACAGACAGGUGUUUCGGCUCGUGAUAGCCUUCUGCAUUGGGCUCAGCGGGUCACCAGCGGCUAUCCUGGUGUCAAUGUGAAAAACUUCACGACCAGUUGGAGAGAUGGCUUGGCUUUCAACGCCAUUCUUCAUCGAUACCGACCCGAUCUGGUCAAUUGGCGAGAAGUCCGAAAUCGGAUGAAUGCAAGGCAACGACUGGAACAUGCUUUCAGAAUCGCAGAAAACGAGUUCGGCGUCACCAAGCUGCUUGACCCUGAAGACGUCGAUGUACCCGUGCCUGACGAAAAAUCAUUAAUCACGUACAUAUCUUCGUUAUACGAUGCCCUUCCAGAAUACUUCGGAACCACAAACUACGAAAAUGACAUAAGCGAGUAUACGUCUGCCGCUCGAGAUUUUCUGCAGUGGAUGCAGCGGACGAUCCAGAAUCUUCAGGAUCGUUCAGUGCCAUUCAGUGGUCCCGAAAUUAAGAGGCUACAAGCAGAAAUGGAACUGUUUAAGAACGAGGACUUGCCUUCAAAACUGAAGGAGAAGCAGCGCCUUGAAAGAGUAUACCGCGAACUCUAUGAAUUGUUUGCCGAAACGGAUUUCUUCGAUAUCGACGACGAAUUGAGCAGCGAAAAUCUCGAUCGGUGUUGGAAGAUGCUGUUGAACGUAUUGAACGAGCGCGAGAUCGCCAUGACCAACGCGUCCGCACAGGAGGUGACCAUGCAGAAGUUGAUUGACCAACUGCACCAGGCGGUCGGCGUGUUGAACGAGCGACUGGAUGUCAUCCUACAGCAGAUCGAAGACGUGUCUGCGCGUGGCAACGCGAUGAACUCCGCCGACCUUCAGCGCACCAUCAACGACAUCGUCGAGCAGUUGAACGAACUGGAGGUGCCGAUCGAAAAUCUUUUCCAGGACGUCGAGACCCUAAAAACAGCGCGUCAUCCACAGGCCUCAGAAUACUACAAACAAUUUGGAAAAGGAUUGGUCAAAGGUCUUAAAAUUAACUAA